UAAGAGGAUCAGCAGGAGUGUGUGAGUGUGUGUGUUCAUCUUCAUCAUGAUCUCUCUGUUCCUCGUCUUCAUCUCUGCUCUGUCCAUCAGCGCUCAGCCUCGUCCAUGUGAGGCUCCAGCUCAGUAUGUGGGCAGCAUGUCUCUGUCUGCAGCUGAUGGAAUCAUCACGUCUGCAGCCACAUACUCUUAUGAUGCUCAGAGGCAGCAGAUCCGCUUCAGAAACCACAUGAACAUCCUCAACGAGACCAUCCUGACAGACCUGCUCAUACACUUCCAGCAGGGUGUGCUGUAUGAGAUCGAUUACUCGCGUCUGUCCUGCCAGAAGAAGGCUCUAGAGUCGACCUUUCACCCCACGCGGGUGCCGGCUGACGCUGUCUUCAUAGGGCAGGUGAUUCUGGGCACCUCGUCUGUGCCGGGCCUCGGGCUCCUCAGCAACUCAUGGGUCGGAGAGAUUGCUGAGAUACAGGCUCAGUAUAUGCUGACCUUCGCUGAGUUCACCUGUCUGCCCAUCAGUGCCUCCGUCUUCACACCGAGCACCGGAUGGAUGGCCAUCAGCUUCUAUAAUCAUCUGCUGGGGGUUCACAAUCCUCAAGACUUCACACCGCCGUUCUUCUGUCCAACAUCACUGCAGGACCAGCAUUUGCCCAAGACACACUUCCUGAAGGCGGUGGGUUUGAUGCGCUGAUCAGACAAACACCAGACCCUCACUCAAACGCUGACGUGUUUCAUCUCAAAUAAAUGAGUUGCUUAUACUGA